AAUAAAAAUAAUUUUUUUAUUUAAAUUAAAAAGAAAUUACAUAUUGUUAAAAAUAAAUUAUGAUGUUAAUUAAACAUACACAUGGUAAAUAUGGUGUAAAUACAAGACUAAAUGUUGUUUUUAAUGAAAUAAGUUUUUCAAGAUAAAAAAAGUAUAAUAUUAUGUUUGCAUAUAUUUCAAAAUUAAAUUAUCACAAAAAAUAUGAAAAAGAACUUCAAAACUAAAAAGUGGUUUACAAAUAAAAUAGGAUAGAACAGUCCUUUUGACAUGUAUAUUAAAAUUAAGUGGUUUUUCCACUUUUUCUUAGAUAAAGAUAAAAAUAUUAAAGGUUCCUCCACUUUUUCCUAUUCAUUUGCAAAGUUUCAUGAAUUUCACAUUAGAUGCUAUGCUUUGGUGUAAGAACCACAUUUUAUUUCACUUUCCAUUCAUUUCUUCUUCGUUAUCAAACAUGAAAAUGAUUGUUCGAGAUUAAUUUCAGAUCUGAUUCAUAAUUUGUCUUCUAUCCACCCAACCAAUUUGUUCAGAUGCUGAGAGAAGCAAGCAAUUUGUUAAAAUUCUUUUAAGUCUUUUUCAACAAGAUUGUGGGACAAUCAUCAUUGAUUAUUGGAUUAGAGUCUGAUUUUUUUUGGUUUUUCCUUGUUGGGUUUCCUAAAAAAGCUAGGCAUUUUGGAGUGGGUGGAACAGUCUCUGGCGACAGAGAUAAACAAAUGUAUUACUCUUUUUAAUAAAAUUUUCUUUUUCACCGCAUGUGGAGACGCUACCGACGUCCUUAGCACACAUUAAAAUGAAUUGUUAUAAGCGGAAGUAGUUCAGCGUUGAUCUGUAUUAUGACUGCGAAUUGUUCUAAGCGGAAUUAUGAUUGUGAAUGGUUGACAUGUAUUACGAUUUUAAAAUGAAAUUGUUAAAAGCAGAAUUUUUAUUAAAUAACAAACGACGUCUUUUUAAUAUGAUUUAGACUUACAAAAAAAAUGAAACUGGUUCGGUAUAGACUAACCAAACCUAACCAAUCACAGAAAUAUUUUAUAUGUCAAAUUUAUAAUUUCAUUAGUUUAUAGUGUUUUACACUUUAUUCAAAGAUCAGUGAAUAAAAACAAUGGAAGAGUCAAGUAUAUGGUGGUAUUGACCAUUUUUUUUCUUGUGAUUUAGAUUGAACGUCAUUAUUUAAUUGCAAUAGUAAGUGGCUGGCUAAUGAAGAAAUAUUAAAGUAAGAAGAAGAUAGUAUGCUGACAACAUCCAUAAUCGUAGUUAUUGGGAUGAUAAAAGUCAACUUUUGAAGAAUAUGUAUUCAAACGGGACGUAUUCAAACGGGACGUAUUCAAACCUAUCAGUCGGACUAAAGGUUAGUCAUGACUCUUUCUUUUAUUUGGUUAGUCAUGACUCUUAUUCUCGAGUAAAUAUGAAAUGGCAAAGAAGUCGUAGGUUGUUUUGUUUUGUAAAAGGAAGUCAUAUGUGUUUGUAUAAAAAAAUAUUUUCCUAAGUUUCUUUAAAGCAUCUCAAACUUGUACUCAUCCCUUAUAUAUAUUAAUUGAAAAGUAUAUCAAACUUGUACUCUAUUUAAACAUAUAUUAUACUAUUUAUUAAAUUGAUUAUCAAAUUGAUUAGUAGUAUAAAAAUAUUUUUUCUUUAAAUAAAACCUACAGAAUUACCUAAUAUGAUUAACUUAUAUAUAAUAACUAAUUAUUUUAAUUAAUAAAGAUUUGACAGCAAUUUUGUAUCCUCUAUCAUUUUUUGUUUAAUUUUAUAUAAUUAAAAUAAAUUAAACAAUCACGUUAACCAUAUAAUAAAAAUUAUUUUUUUCUUAUAUCUUAUAUUUUGAAUUUUUUUUAAACCACUAUAAACUGCUAAAAUUGUUGAAAGCUCCACACUGAAAAUAUUGUGAGAAAUGGUUUAAUUGUUUUUGUUAUAACAUGAUACAUAUGAUCAUAAAAUAUUACAAAAAUAAAGUCUCAUUUAAUAGAUAUUCGGAUUAUAUAUAUAUAUUUUAAUAUAUUUAUAUCAUUUAAGUUAAACUAUAUACUAUAUAAAAAUAUAUAAAUAUGUUAAUUUAUAAAUUUACAUUGAAAAAGUAUUGAGACCUUAAUGUCUUAUUUAAAAUUUUUGCAUUAAAUUUUUAAAAACGAUUAUGAAUUACUAAAACUAUUAAAAAUCUCACUUUAAGAAAAUUGUGAUUAAUGAUUUAAUCACAAUUUUUUUUUACAGCAAUUAUACAAAUGUUAAUAAAAUUAUAUGAGUAGAAACCCUCAACUAAUAAAUAUUCAUAUAUUAUAUAUAUUAUAUAUCUAUUCCAAUAUUAUUUAAAUUUAAUUAUAUACCAUAUAAAAAAAUUGUAAAUAAAGAAAAGUGAUUGUUGAUUUAUGUGUUACUACAAUUUAGUUAUAUACAUAAUAGUUACUUGAUCAUCCAUUGUUUAAUAUAUUUAUUAUUUCAUUAUAUGUAAAUGAACACAAAAUAAAUAAUAUAUGUAAAAAUAAUUAAUAUAUGUAAUCUUAACCUACAGUAGUUCUAAUACUAAAUAAGAAUUUUGUAGAUAACUUAAGUCUUUUUUUUUGUCAUCAACUUAUAUAGACUCAUACAGAUUCUGUAAACCAAAUCGGGAGAUAUUGAUCCAUGUGAACGACAAAAGAUGGUUGAUGCCUGACACUGCGUGCUAGGCUGUCCGCCUUUGAUUUUUGCGUUCGUGGUACAUAAAUAAUCUCUGAUUGGAAGUAACUUUCUUUCAGGACUUUAAUAUCUUCCAAAUAACUUGCAAAACCUGGUCAUUCUUCUUGUUCUGAAACCAUUUUCACCAAUUGAGAACAAUUGGUAACUUAAGUCUAAACCGCGUUUUUCCUAAUUUUAAAAAUAUUGCCUUGAAAAGGAAGUAAAUAGAACAAAAAUAUUAUUUAUAUUUGGUCUUGGUCUAUAUAUUUAUCAUAAGGCUUAUAGUUAUCAAACCAUAACGAAAAAACAAAGAAUAUGGGUCCAAAAACAUCACAUAAGGUUGCUCUUCUGGUAUCUCUUCUCCUUUUGAUUUUAACACUUUCCUCUCAAGCUAGAGUCAUCGAGGCUGCAAGCCGAAAACUUGCAUCCGGAAGGAACAUCGUGUAUACUCCAUCUUCAAAAUCUUGCGGGGCGACCCACGCAACAUGGAAGAAGAAGAAACGCGGACCAUGUAGACGUCCUCCAAGAACUGCACCAGCUUCUUACCAAUCACCAUAAGACCAUAAGACAGUUUUCUCAAAACAAGGAAAGAUCAUAUAAGACACUUUUUUUCAUGAUUGUGAAUGAGUCCAAUCUUGGAACCAUAUUUUCAGUUAUUUUCUUUGUUUUUUGUUUGGCAUCCUAAAUAAGAAAUCAAAUGUUUGAUCGUUUUCUUGAUUUGGUUUCUCUUUCUAAUUCAAUGAAUGUUCGUCGUAUGUGCGAUAUACUUUAAAUUAAUAAAAGAAACGUGGUCUAGUUCUUAA